AUGGCCAUGGCUUCUUCAUUCUCCACCAUCUACCCUCGUUCUUUCUCUCUCCCCCACUUAAACCACCGCUUUUCUACUUCCCUCUCACUCCCAACUCUCACCAUCAUUUCUCACUCCAACAUCUUCACUUCCCGUCCUCCUCUCUUCACACUCUCCAAAACCUCCACCAUCAUUCAUGCAUCCGGAAACGGCGGCGGAAUCGGAGGAGGAGGAGGAGGAGGCGAUGGCGAUGAUGGUGGAUCGGGGGAUAGGGAUCGGAACAGAGAAGAAGCGCUGAUGGUACUUGCGGAGGUCGGUAAGCCGCUGGAGAGUUUGCCAGCUGAUUUAGCAGAGGCGGUCAAAGCCGGACGAGUUCCAGGUUCGAUUGUGAAGAGAUUUUUGGAACUGGAAAAAUCGAGUGUGUUUCGGUGGUUGCUUAAUUUUGGAGGGUUUAGAGAGAGAUUGCUUGCUGAUGAUUUGUUCCUCGCUAAGGUUGCCAUGGAAUGCGGUGUUGGAAUCUUUACCAAGACUGCUGCGGAGUUGGAGAAGCGAAAAGAAAACUUCACUAAAGAGCUUGAUUUUGUUUGUGCUGACGUGGUAAUGGCCAUUGUAGCAGAUUUUAUGCUCGUGUGGCUUCCUGCUCCGACGGUUUCUCUUCGACCACCACCUUCUGUUAAUGCCGGGCUUAUUGCUAAGUUCUUCUUUGGCUGCCCUGAAAAUGCUUUUCAGGUGGCUUUGGCUGGAACGUCCUUUUCACUUAUACAGAGAAUAGGUGCUAUUGUGCGGAAUGGAGCUAAGCUAUUUGCAGUUGGAACUGGUGCAUCACUGAUUGGUACUGGUGUAACAAACGCAUUGAUUAAUGCACGAAAGGUUGUUGAUAAAUCUUUUGCUGACGAGGCUGAGGAAGUACCGGUAUUAUCUACUAGUGUUGCCUAUGGUGUUUACAUGGCAGUAUCUAGCAACCUAAGGUACCAAAUUCUAGCUGGAAUUAUCGAACAACGGAUUUUAGAUCCUUUGUUGCACCAAAACAAGCUCUUGUUAAGUGCAGUCUGCUUUGCUGUUAGAACCGGAAACACUUUCUUGGGCUCACUAUUGUGGGUGGAUUAUGCUCGGUGGGUUGGAGUCCAGAAGAUAAGGGAUUAA